AUGGAAUCGAGUCAAUCGACCGAGUCGUUCGUGUGUGAAAAUCAGUCAAGUGACGAUGACGGCUGUGACGUUUACCAUGAUGUUGAGCGCGAACAAACAAUACGAAAUUUAUCUGUAAGUAUUGCGGGACUGAAAAGAGUACUUUGCGAUGCCGAUGCGGGCGAUGCCGAUUCUCAAGAUGAAAAUAUUGUAAUUAUUCCUGAGAAGAAAAGCCUCAAACAAUCGGUCGUUGCGAAUUCUGCAACAUCUGCAUGUAGGAGUAUUCUGUCGUUUUUUAAAAAACCUGUGCAAUCUGGUCGUAUUAAUAAUGAUGAAUUCGAUGAUACGCAAAAUGUGGCGCCGGCGGUUGUGCAUGUGAUUCCUUCUGAAAGAAGAAAUAUUAGAAAUUCUAGCGAAAUUCUGGGUACAGUGGGGGCAUCAGGUCAGGAAAAGCGUGCAACAAGUAAAAAUGAAGGACAGGGUACUCGAGACUAUUCAAAAAAUAAAAGAGUUUGUCUUUUGUGUGCAAAAAGUGACGAUACAAAAUUGAAUAACAGGGCAAUUCUUUCCCGCGGUGGAGAUUAUCAAAUUAAUAGGCACAAAAACAGUACUCAUCCCAGCAUUCCACUUGCUGAAGUCAAAAGCAAUAUUGUGCCAAUUAAUCACAUCUCAGUGCCAAAACGUGUAAGAGCCAAAUCAUGUAUAGUUCCAGCCAAACCAGCUCCAGCAAGGAAUCCUGAUGCUGAAGUUACUACAGGAAAUGAUAAAUCUUCCUCAAAUGAUGACAUUGAAGAGGAUGAUAAUAAUGACAAUCAUAAAAUAGAAACAAUGGCAACAUCGAAUUUACAGAACAAUAAGACAGUAAAUUCGCAAUCACAACGCACAGAGAGUUCUGGCAGAUGCAGUGCCAUUACAGCAGACACAACUCUCCAGACAAACCUGUCCAAUUUUGUUACGGUUACAAAACAAACCUUUGAAGAAAAAGUAAUAUCAAUGAUAGAAAAGCUCUCCAUCAAAGUUGACAACCUUAAAGAAGCUAGCAGCACAACAGCAGCUAAUAUUGAAAGUCACCACAGGUGUGGUAGAUUUCAAUUGGUGGGUGUGACCAUAUAUAAUUAA